AUGUGGUGGCCAUUCACGUCAUCAGAGCCCAAGAAAAAAGAAAGCGCGCCUCUCCGACAAGAUCGCCAGAAAUGCUAUGAAUUCCGAGAUGCGUAUUUUGCCUGUUUGGACCAUGCAGGUGUUGUGAAAGCUGGCGAUGAAAAGCCGAGUGGGUCAUGUCUCUCUGAAGCGAAGAAUUACGAGAAAAACUGCGCGCAGAGCUGGAUUGAAUACUUCAAUCAACGGCGAGUGAUUGCUGAAGCACAAAAGGAACGGCUAGCGCAGGCGGAGACGCAGGCGCAGAAUGCUAGGAGAUGA